AUGAAUUGGUUUGGCAAGAAAAAGACCGAGCCUUCUACCGUGUCGGCGACGUCGGCGGCCCGGCCGGAAGACCCCCAAAAGACCAUUGUGAAACUACGUGAAUCGAUCGCCAAUCAGGAGAAACGGGAAGAGCACAUUAGCCGCAAAGUGGAUUCAAUGAUUAAGGAGGCCAAGGAGAAAAUGGCUAAAGGAGAUAAAAAAGGAGCACUGUUUGCCAUGAAACGCAAAAAACUAUACGAGUCGGAAGUGGACAAGAUUCAGAACGUGAAGAUGACUUUGGAAACACAGGUUAUCAAUCUCGAAUCCGCCGCGCAAAACGCGGAAACCUUCAAAGCCAUGGAAGCGGGUAGUAAGACCAUGAAGAAGAUACGAACAGACGUCGGCAUUGAAAAGGUGGACGAUAUAAUGGAUGACAUCAAGGCCGAAAUGGAAAUGGCGAACGAGAUCAACGAAGCGAUUGCACAACCGGUGGAUCCACUGCUAACGGACGAGGACGAAUUGUUGGAAGAAUUGAACGCGUUAGAAGCAAUGGAUCUGGAAGCCGAAUUGCUGGCUCCGCCAUCGUCUUCCAAAAUACGCAAAAUUACCAGUAUUGGCUAG